GUUUAAAUUCGUCUUGUCACCGUGUCUUAGAGUAUAUAUAACAGUACGAACAAACAUUUAGCGCAAUCAUAUUUAGCAGUUUGUAUGAUUAAAAUAAAAGCAUUAUUUAAAGCACAUAAAACACAUCUAAACAGUCGCACAAAUUUAAAAACCGCACAAAAAAAAAACAGCAUUAUAGCAUCUUGUAGUACAAGUAAAGGGAAGGACUUAUAAUUCAUUCUGGAAAGAGUCGACCCUGCUCCAUCGAUACAUCUGAUGGCAGUGGUUCUUUUUUUUUCAGAUUUUAAUCCUAUUGUCGGCUGCUAAAGGAUGGUACUGUACGAUGACACGUGGCUCUGGUUGGUUAUUCUUGGUUUUAUCAUAGCAUUCGUCCUUGCUUUUGGCCUCGGUGCAAACGAUGUGGCCAACGCAUUCGGGACGUCCGUCGGGGCCAAAGUUUUAACUAUACGACAGGCCUGUAUUCUUGGAACAAUUUUUGAGAUUCUUGGAGCUAUUUUAGUGGGGGCAAAGGUGUCGAAUACUAUCCGAAAGGGGAUUAUUUCCCCUGAACUAUAUACAAAUGGAACUGAGGACGUAUUUAUGGCGGGAAAUGUGGCGGCUCUCACAGGUUCGUGCAUUUGGUUGAUGGUUGCAACACUUUUUGGACUUCCGGUCUCAGGGACGCACAGUAUUGUGGGAGCCACUCUCGGCUUCUCCAUGGUUGUAAAUGGCGUCAAGGGUAUAGGCUGGGUUAAACUGGCCAUGAUAGCCGCAUCCUGGUUUAUCUCCCCUUUAAUGUCCGGCAUUGUGUCAUCGCUUCUGUUCAAAUUUAUCGACAUACUUAUACUGUCUAAGGAAAAACCAUUGGAAUAUGGUCUGAGACUGUUGCCAAUAUUUUACGCAUUCACUCUAGCUGUCAAUCUAUUUUCUGUGUUCUACAAGGGAUCGGAAUUGUUGCAUUUUAACAAGAUUCCACUGUACGGCACGUUAAUUCUGACGUUCGGCCCAGCUUUGAUCGUCGCCUUGCUCGUGAAAAUAUUCCUGGUGCCAAGACAACGAACGAAAAUCCAGAAGCAGUGUAAAAAGUUGCUGGAGGAAGAAGAUCACGUUGCAACAACAAUACCAGUGACAACCAUAGAAGAAGCUGGCAAUCAAGAAAUUACAACUCAUUUCUUUGACAAAGAUAAAAACCGCCGAGAAAACGUUAAACACAUAACUGAAGGGGAUGAUUCAAAAUUGAAAAGGUCCCUAUUAGGAGUUAAUGCGGAGCAAAAAUCUACUUUAGACGAAAAGGUACCACUGAGUUCUGAAACCGAAACCACUGAUGUUGAUAUUGAAAUAGCUGAAGAGGGCGACACUAAUGCCGAAAAGAAAGAUCAAAGUAUGGCUCGGGAUAAUGUUAAGGAUAAACCAGAGACAGCCGGCUUGUUCUCGUUUCUACAAAUACUCACUGCAGUGUUUGGCUCUUUUGCACACGGAGGCAAUGACGUAAGUAACGCCGUUGGUCCUUUGGUUGCUUUGUGGGUUACAGCAACUACAGGAAGCGCUGCACAAAAGGUACCAGUACCAAUCUGGGUUCUUGUUUAUGGUGGUGUCGGUAUUUCAUUCGGAUUGUGGAUCUUGGGCCGACGAGUUAUGAAGACCAUGGGAGAGGAUCUCACUAAAAUUACACCGUCAAGCGGCUUUUGUAUUGAAGUUGGGAGCGCACUCACUGUCAUUGUCGCGUCCAGUAUCGGAAUCCCGAUCAGUACGACGCACUGUAAAGUUGGAUCAGUCGUCUGUGUAGGAAGAGUAAGGUCACGUGAAUCUGUCGACUGGAGACUCUUCAGGAAUAUCAUUCUGGCUUGGUGCGUAACGCUUCCGGUUUCAGGCGGAUUGAGUGCACUGGCUAUGCUGGGUUAUAGAGCAAUUUUAAACGCUCUGAGAUGAACAAAAGUGAAAGAAAAUAAGAAAGAAAAGGUGUAGUGUGGGAUAAAUUUGAAAGAAAAGAAAUCCAAGAUAAAUUGUAUUGGUAGUGACAAUACUGCGUUCGUGGAAAAAAACGAGCUGAUUAAAGAAAAUGUCGAGCCUGCUUUACAAAAAUGAAAAACAUGUAUCGUGUGAUAUGUGACUUAGAAAAAUGAAAUUAAUCUUUGAUGUGUGCAUCUUAAUUGGCAUCCCUUUUAUAUCGCAUUUUUUAUUUGUAUGCUUUAUUUACUAAUGUUAAAUAUCUUAUCUAAG